AUGGGGGAUGUGAAGCUGGCUGCCUCGACACACGUUUCCAAAACCUCCCUCACUGUGGAUCCCUCGAGAGUCGGCUCCAUGCCCCUGACCGAGGCCCCUGCUUUCAUUUUGCCACCUCGGAACCUCUGCAUCAAGGAAGGGGCCACCGCCAAGUUUGAAGGGAGGGUCCGGGGUUACCCAGAGCCCCAAGUGACAUGGCACAGAAACGGGCAACCCAUUGCCGGUGGGGGCCGCUUCCUGCUGGACUGUGGUACCCGGGGGACUUUCAGCCUUGUGAUUCAUGCUGUCCGUGAGGAGGACAAGGGAAAGUAUACCUGUGAAGCCACCAAUGGUAGUGGUGCCCGCCAGGUGACAGUGGAGUUGACGGUAGAAGGGGGCUUUGUGAAGAAGCACGGUCAGCCUCUUGUUUCCAAAGCCUUGGGGGACAGAUUUGCAGCCCCUGCGGUGGAGACCCGUCCCAGCAUCUGGGGAGAAUGCCCACCAAAGUUUGCUACUAAGCUGGGCCGAGCGGUGGUCAAAGAAGGACAGAUGGGGCGAUUCUCCUGCAAGAUCACUGGCCGGCCCCAGCCACAGGUCUCCUGGCUCAAGGGAGAUGUUCCCCUGCAGCCCAGUUCCCGUGUGUCUAUGUCUGAGAAGAAUGGGAUGCAAGUCCUGGAAAUCCACGAGGUCAACCAAGAUGACGUGGGAGUGUACACGUGCCUGGUGGUGAACGGGUCAGGGAAGGCCUCCAUGUCUGCUGAGCUCUCCAUCCAAGGCUUGGACAUUGCCAAUAGGUCGCUUGUGAGAGGAACAAAGGUGGCCAGUUCAGACAUCAGGAAGGAAGUGACCAAUGGAGUCGCUCAGGGGCUGAAACUGGAUGGCUUGGAGGCUGCAGCUGAGAGUAAGAACUGCUCCAGCAUCCAGAGAGGUGGUUCCCCUGCCUGGGCCACAGGGAGCCAGCCUCAGCCCCUGAGGGAAUCUGAGCCGGAGCCAGUGGGGGACUCGCCCGGAAAGGCCCUGAGGACCCCCGUCCUGCAGAAGACUUCCAGCACCAUCACCCUGCAGGCCGCAAAAGUGCAGCUGGCACCGAGAGUGCCAGUCUCGGGUGCCCCGUCUCCUUCCAGAGAAGAGAGGGAGAAGCCAGCUGCUCGCCCUCCAGCCGCCCUCCACGCCAGGCAGUGUGGCCUGGGAAGCCAAGACACUGUGGGCCAGGUUGCUACCAGGAAGGUCCCCACGGAGGGCCAGGGGGACACAACAUUCCCCAAAUUUGAGACCAAGCCCCAAAGCCAGGAAGUCAGUGAGGACCAGCCGGUCAAGUUCAGAUGCGAGGUUUCAGGGAUCCCGAAGCCUGAAGUGACCUGGUUCCUGGACGGGGCCCCCUUGAGGAGAAGAGAAGGCACCAUCGAGGUGUAUGAAGCUGGGGGGACCCAUUACCUCUGCCUCCUGAGAGCCCGGGCCAGGGACAGCGGGAACUACAGCUGCACAGCCACCAAUGUCCGAGGCCGGGUGUCCUGUGGCUGGACCCUCCUGGUGAAAAGGCUGGCCGUGUUGGAGGCGGCCCCCUCAUUCUCCAGUGUCCUGAAGGACUGCACUGUCGUUGAGGGCCAGGACUUUGUGCUGCAGUGCUCGGUGCAGGGGACCCCGGUGCCCCGAAUCACUUGGCUGCUCAAUGGGCAGCCCAUCCAGUAUGCUCACUCCACCUGCGAGGCUGGCGUGGCUGAGCUCCACAUCCAGGAUGCCCUCCCAGAGGACGAGGGCACCUACACCUGUCUGGCCGAGAACACCUUGGGGCAGGUGUCCUGCAGCGCCCGGGUCACUGUCCAUGAAAAGAAGAGUGACGAGAAGAGUGAGUACCUCCUGCCCACGGCCUCCAGCAAGCCCGUCGCGCCCCUCUUCCUGCAAGGCCUCUCUGAUCUCAGAGUCAUGGACGGGAGCCAGGUCACCAUGACAGUCCAGGUGUCAGGGAACCCACCCCCUGAGGUCAUCUGGCUUCACAACGGGAAUGAGAUCCAGGAGUCAGAGGACUUCCACUUUGAACAGAGAGGCGCUCAGCACAGCCUUUGUAUCCAGGAAGUGUUCCCGGAGGACACGGGCACUUACACCUGUGAAGCCUGGAACAGCGCAGGAGAGGUCCGCACCCAGGCCAUGCUCACAGUGCAAGAGCCUCAGGAUGGCAUCCAGCCCUGGUUCAUCAGCAAGCCCCGCUCAGUGACAGCCUGCCUGGGCCAGAGUGUCCUCAUCUCCUGUGCCAUAGCUGGGGACCCCUUCCCCACUGUGCACUGGCUCCGGGACGGCAAAGCCCUCUCCAGAGACACUGGCCACUUCGAGGUGCUACAGAAUGAGGACGUGUUCACCCUGGUUCUAAAGAACGUGCAGCCCUGGCAUGCCGGCCAGUAUGAGAUCCUGCUCAAGAACCAGGUUGGUGAAUGCAGUUGCCAGGUAUCACUGAUGCUACAGAGCAGCCCUGCCAGAGCUGUCCUGCGGGGAAGGGAGCCUGCCAGCGGUGAGGGCCUCUGCAGCCGGGGAGCCGGCGCUGAUGGUGGUGGCGGUGGCGGCUACGGGAGCCUGAGGCCCGGCUGGCCAGCAGGAGGGCAGGGCGGGCCCGACGAGGGAGACGGCGAGGGCGUGCGUGGGGUGCUCACGCGGCGUGUGGAGACGCGGCAGCACACCGAGGAGGCCAUCCGCCAGCAGGAGGUGGGGCAGCUGGACUUCCGCGACCUCCUGGGCAAGAAGGUGAGUACCAAGACCUUGUCUGAAGAGGACCUGAAGGAGAUCCCAGCCGAGCAGAUGGAUUUCCGCGCCAACCUGCAGCGGCAGGUGAAGCCGAAGACCGUGUCAGAGGAAGAGCGGAAGGUGCAUAGCCCCCAGCAGGUGGACUUCCGCUCUGUCCUGGCCAAGAAGGGGACCCCCAAGACCCCUGUGCCUGAGAAGGUGCCACCUCCAAAACCUGCCACCCCAGGUUUCCGCUCGGUGUUGGGCAGUAAGAAAACGCUACCUGCAGAGAAUGGCAGUAACAGCUCUGAAGCCUUGAAUGCCAAGGCAGCAGAAGGUCCCAAGCCUGUAGGCAAUGCCCAGCCUUCAGGGUUUCUGAAAACCGUGGGCAAUGCGAAGCCGGCCGAGACCCCCAAACCCAUGGGUAAUGUCAAGCUGACUGAGACCCCCAAACCCUUGGGUAAUGCCAAGCCGGCCGAGACCCCCAAACCCAUGGGCAAUGCCAAGCCGGCCGAGACCCCCAAACCCUUGGGUAAUGCCAAGCUGACUGAGACCCCCAAACCCUUGGGUAAUGCGAAGCCGGCCGAGACCCCCAAACCCUUGGGUAAUGUCAAGUCGGCUGAGACCCCCAAACCCUUGGGCAAUGCCAAGUUAUCCGAGGCCCCAAAACCAGCUGGGAAUGAAGAACUUAAGAAGGAGGUUAAGAAUGAUGUGAACUGCAAGAGGGGCCAUGCAGGGGCCACAGAUAAUGAAAAAAGACCCGAGAGCCAAGGGACAGCCCCAGCCUUCAAGGAGAAGCUACGAGAUCUCCGUGUGGUGGAGGGUGAGAAACUGCUGCUCCAGUGCCAGGUGUCCUCUGACCCCCCGGCCACCAUCACCUGGACCCUGAAUGGAAAGACGCUCAAGACUACCAAGUUCAUUGUCCUCUCCCAAGAAGGCUCACUGUGCUCCGUCUCCAUUGAGAAGGCACUGCCCGAGGACAGAGGCUUAUACAAGUGCGUAGCCAAGAACAGCGCCGGCCAGGCUGAGUGUUCCUGCCAAGUCACCGUGGACGAUGCCCCCACCAGUGAGAACGCCAAGGUCCCGGAGAUGAAAGCCCGGAGGCCAAAGAGCUCUCUUCCUUCCGUGCUAGGAACAGAGAGUGAUGCAACUGUGAAAAAGAAACCUGCCCCCAAGACACCUCCGAAGGCAGCCGUGCCCCCUCAGAUCAUCCAGUUUCCUGAGGACCAAAAGGUGCGUGCAGGAGAGCCUGUGGAGCUGUUGGGUAAAGUGGCCGGCACCCAGCCCAUCACCUGCACCUGGAUGAAGUUCCGAAAGCAGAUCCAGGAGAGUGAGCACAUCAAGGUGGAGAACAGUGAGAACGUCAGCAAGCUCACCAUCCGGGCUGCACGCCAGGAGCACUGUGGCUGCUACACUCUGCUGGUGGAGAACAGGCUGGGCAGCAGGCAGGCCCAGGUCAACCUCACCGUUGUGGACAAGCCGGACCCCCCAGCCGGCACGCCUUGUGCCUCUGACAUUCGCAGCUCCUCGCUGACCCUGUCCUGGUACGGCUCCUCGUACGAUGGGGGCAGCGCCGUACAGUCCUACAGCGUCGAGAUCUGGGACUCGGCGGACAAGAAGUGGAAGGAACUAGCCACAUGCCGCAGCACCUCUUUUAACAUCCACGACCUGCUGCCUGACCGAGAGUAUAAAUUCCGUGUGCGCGCAAUCAACGUCUAUGGAACCAGUGAGCCGAGCCAGGAGUCUGAACUCACAGUGGUGGGAGAGAAACCUGAGGAGCCGAAGGAUGAAGUGGAGGUGUCAGAUGAUGAUGAAAAGGAGCCCGAGGUCGAUUAUCGGACCGUCGUGGUCAAUACUGACCAGAAAGUGUCUGACUUCUAUGACAUCGAAGAGAGACUAGGAUCUGGGAAAUUUGGACAGGUCUUUCGACUUGUAGAGAAGAAAACUGGAAAAAUCUGGGCAGGGAAAUUCUUCAAGGCAUAUUCAGCAAAAGAGAAGGAGAACAUCCGGCAGGAGAUCAGCAUCAUGAACUGCCUCCACCACCCCAAGCUGGUCCAGUGUGUGGAUGCCUUCGAAGAGAAGGCCAACAUCGUCAUGGUCCUGGAAAUCGUGUCCGGGGGUGAGCUGUUCGAGCGCAUCAUCGAUGAGGACUUUGAGCUGACCGAGCGGGAGUGCAUCAAGUACAUGAGGCAGAUCUCGGAGGGGGUGGAGUACAUCCACAAGCAGGGCAUUGUCCAUCUGGACCUCAAGCCCGAGAACAUCAUGUGUGUCAACAAGACAGGCACCAGGAUCAAGCUCAUCGACUUCGGUCUGGCUAGGAGGUUGGAGAACGCGGGCUCUCUGAAGGUCCUCUUUGGCACCCCAGAGUUCGUCGCACCGGAAGUGAUCAACUAUGAGCCCAUUGGCUACGCCACAGACAUGUGGAGUAUCGGCGUCAUCUGCUACAUCCUGGUCAGUGGACUGUCCCCCUUCAUGGGUGACAACGAUAACGAAACCUUAGCCAACGUCACCUCAGCCACCUGGGACUUUGACGACGAGGCCUUCGAUGAGAUCUCCGAUGACGCCAAGGACUUUAUCAGCAGCUUGCUAAAGAAAGAUAUGAAAAACCGCUUGGACUGCACCCAGUGCCUUCAGCAUACAUGGCUAAUGAAAGACACCAAGAACAUGGAGGCCAAGAAACUCUCCAAGGACCGGAUGAAGAAGUACAUGGCAAGAAGAAAAUGGCAGAAAACGGGCAAUGCUGUGAGAGCCAUUGGAAGACUCUCCUCUAUGGCAAUGAUCUCAGGGCUCAGUGGCAGGAAAUCUUCAACAGGGUCACCAACCAGCCCACUCAAUGCAGAAAAACUAGAAUCUGAAGAAGAUGUCUCCCAAGCUUUCCUUGAGGCUGUCGCUGAGGAAAAGCCCCAUGUAAAACCCUACUUUUCUAAGACCAUUCGUGAUUUAGAAGUUGUGGAGGGAAGUGCUGCUAGAUUUGACUGCAAGAUCGAAGGAUACCCAGACCCUGAGGUCGUCUGGUUCAAAGAUGACCAGUCAAUCAGGGAGUCCCGCCACUUCCAGAUAGACUAUGAUGAGGAUGGGAACUGCUCUUUAAUCAUUAGUGAUGUUUGCGGGGAUGAUGAUGCCAAGUACACUUGCAAGGCUGUCAACAGUCUUGGAGAAGCCACCUGCACAGCAGAGCUCAUUGUGGAAACCAUGGAGGAAGGAGAAGGAGAAGGGGAAGAAGAAGAGGAGGAAGAAUGAAACAAAGCCAGAGAGAAGCAGUUUCUAAGUCAUAUUACAAAGACUAUCUCUCUAAAGCUCAAAAAACCCAAGACAGUAGAAGCACCUAGUGUGAUAGAUUACUUAGUUAGGUCAUUUGGGGGUUGAUUCUUCAGCAAUAGUGGUUGAUACCCAGCAGCGUUACUGAGGGGCAUUAAUUUAAAUUAGCUGGCACCUUAAGAUUCUAGUACAGCUAGAUUUCAUUUUGGGAAAUCACCAGUAACUUGCCUGACCAACCAAUUUUAGAGAAAAAGUAACAUAAGGAAGCUUUAUCUGGGCAAAGUCAUAUAAAUUCUCCAACUGAAAGCACUCAUGAAAAAACAAGGUCACAGCCCUGCCCAGAGGGUCCCUGGAGAUGGGGGUCUCUCCCAGCUCCUACUCCAGAGAACCGGGUCUCCUCCAGUCCUGUAGCACUUCAUUCUGCAGGCAGUUGAGCCAUUUUAACUUACAAGGCACAAUAUUUCCAAAGUAUACUAUAGACAUUUGAACUUUUCAUUUCCAUCCCCUGUUCUACCUGCCAGUUUUUCUGGAUCUGGACUUGCCAUGAGUUUAAGCAUUAGGGAUAUUACACUUCUUAGUUUCUGAAGACACGUCUCCUGCUCAUGGAUGACUGGCUUCCUUAGGAAAAACAGAAUCUCCUUUCUUCCAAAAUCAGUAGGAAAUCUAAACUUAUCCCCUCUUUGAAGAUUUCUACAGGAACCUAUGGAAAAAAAAAUGGAAAAAAAAUCCUUGUUAAUGUGUUUUUCUGAAACCAGGAUUCAUACCUGCGCUGUUUUAGAAUAUCAGCUCUGCAUGUGUGGUAAAGAUUUUUGUGUUUGAAUGUAUGAAAAAACAGUUUGCUGAAAAGUUAGUCUUAAUUAUUUAUUGGCCACUAUGAAAUAGAUUUCAGCUAUAGAACUCCACAUACUUUGGAAUCUCAUUCAGGAUAGUCUGAGUUUAAUAUACCUUCAUUUUUAAACGUGCUCCAGAGAACUCUACUUACCUUAUGGAUUCCACGAGACUUUUCUUCUUGAAUGUGCAUCAGUCAUGCCUUGCCCCCGACCUUGAAAUAUAUUCUUAACCUGAUAAAUGCACUCAGACUUGCAUCUUUAGGAAUUUUUAACUUUCUUUCACUACAUUGGCACUUAAAUUUUUCUUUAUAAAACUUUUUGAAGGGCAUAAACAAAGACCAUAAACUGAUAUGCCUAAUACAUUUCCUCUGUGUGUGUGUAACAUUCCAAAUACUUUUUUCUUUUCCACUGUUUGUAAAGCGCAGCAGUUUAAUAUUUCAAGGGACUUUUUGCGAGUUCCUUAAGAACUAAUUUUAAAUUACUUCAGUGCAAUCCUACACAGUAUCAACAUUAGAAUUUUGAUGUUACUUAGUCUUAUGUUAUCUUCCAUUCUAUUUUUAUCUGCUUCUUGCUGCUAGUUUCAAAUUGCCAGUAUUUUUCUUUUUGCUUUUUAAGCAGUUACAACAUUUUUCAUAUAGCCACAGUAUUGCCACAGUUUAUUAUAAUAAAGUGUUUUAAAAUUUGAUUUAGAGCAUUCAAAGCUUUUCUUCAUCACUUUUGAUUGUGUUUAGACUAUAAUCUUUGUGUGCAUGUAUGCUGUAUAUGUGCGCGCAUGCGUGGUGUGUAUGUUUGUUUACAGGUUUUUUGAUGCCUUCUUGAAGUUGUGUUAAUGUUCUCCCAGUUUAUUAUGCCAUCAGAAUGGUAAAUGAGAACACUACAACUGUAGUUAGCUCACAAUUUUUAAAUAAAGGCUACCACAGUG